AUGUGUGGUAUUUUAGGUAUUGUGUUGGCAAACCAAAACACUCCAGUAGCUCCGGAAUUGUGUGAUGGAUGCAUUUUUUUACAACACCGUGGACAAGAUGCAGCUGGUAUAGCUACCUGUGGUUCUCGUGGUAGAAUAUACCAAUGUAAAGGUAAUGGUAUGGCUCGUGAUGUUUUCACGCAACAACGUGUUUCAGGACUUGCUGGUUCCAUGGGUAUUGCCCACUUGAGGUAUCCUACUGCCGGUUCUUCCGCUAACUCAGAGGCACAACCCUUUUACGUUAACAGUCCUUACGGUAUUAAUAUGGCACAUAACGGUAAUCUAGUGAAUACUGCCUCACUAAAGAGAUAUAUGGAUGAAGAUGUUCAUAGACAUAUCAACACAGACAGUGAUUCUGAGUUACUAUUGAAUAUUUUCGCUGCUGAAUUAGAAAAGCACAACAAGUACAGAGUUAACAACGAAGAUGUCUUCCACGCCUUAGAGGGGGUUUACCGUUUAUGUCGUGGUGGUUACGCCUGUGUCGGUUUGCUGGCCGGGUUUGCACUAUUCGGGUUCAGAGAUCCAAACGGUAUUAGACCCUUACUAUUCGGCGAGAGGGAAAAUUCAGACGGUACCAAAGACUAUAUGCUAGCUUCAGAGAGUGUUGUUUUCAAAGCUCACAACUUCACGAAAUACCGUGAUUUGAAGCCUGGUGAGGCAGUCAUUAUCCCCAAGAACUGUAGUAGAGGCGAACCUGAAUUCAAGCAGGUGGUCCCUAUAAACUCCUAUAGACCUGAUUUGUUCGAGUAUGUGUAUUUUGCUAGGCCGGACAGUGUCUUGGAUGGUAUAUCAGUUUACCACACAAGAUUGGCCAUGGGUUCUAAAUUAGCAGAAAACAUCUUGAAGCAGUUGAAGCCAGAAGACAUUGAUGUUGUAAUUCCUGUCCCGGAUACCGCCAGGACAUGCGCCUUAGAAUGCGCCAAUGUUUUAGGCAAGCCGUACAGAGAGGGCUUUGUUAAGAAUAGGUAUGUUGGUAGAACAUUCAUCAUGCCAAACCAAAGAGAAAGAGUUUCUUCAGUGAGGAGGAAGCUUAACCCUAUGGAGUCCGAAUUUAAGGGUAAAAACGUUCUGAUAGUGGAUGAUUCCAUUGUUAGAGGUACUACUUCCAAGGAAAUCGUUAAUAUGGCCAAGGAAUCAGGCGCAACAAAAGUUUACUUUGCAUCAGCUGCCCCAGCCAUUCGUUAUAACCACAUAUACGGUAUCGACUUGACAGACACAAAAAAUUUAAUUGCUUAUAACAGAACUGAUGAGGAAGUGGCGGAUGUGAUUGGUUGUGAAAAGGUAAUUUAUCAAUCACUGGAAGAUUUGAUUGACUGCUGCAAAACCGAUAAAAUAAGCAAGUUCGAAGAUGGUGUUUUUACUGGGAGUUACGUCACAGGUGUUGAAGACGGUUAUCUACAAGAAUUGGAAGAAAAACGUGAAUCGAUCGCUAACAAUUCAUCAGAUAUGAAGGCUGAAGUUGAUAUCGGAUUAUAUAAUUGUGCAGAUUAUUGA